AUGUAUAGAUGAGUCCCCUUCCCCUCCGGCACCGUCCGCCUCCCACAGAGCGCUGCCGCCCCCCAAUACAGCAGAGCGCUGCCGCACGCAUCGUUCGCACCUCGCCGCCUCCCCUUCCCUCCCGACCUCGGCAAGUCUUCCCCAGCUGUACUCUCGGUCCUAUCCUCCACCCAGAACCGCCGCCGGCCGCCGUGGGACUGAUGGAUCCCACAGUACCACCUGAUUCCGUGGUGGAUGGUCAGCUCGAGGCGGAACGCUCCCCUCCUGGGUGCGCCGGCGGAGCUCCGUGGAUGUGCUCUUCCUCCCCAGGCCGCACCCAAUCUGCUCGUGCCGGCAGCCAACGGUUAGUGCUCUUUCUUCCCCCCUUCCCGGAACCGGAGGGGAUCUCGGAGAAGCAAACAGGAUCGGUGUUCUGGCAGAAAAGAUCCGUCUUUUAGCAUGUAACAACAACAACAAGCCCGAGUCUUAUCCAGAUUUGGUCCAAGUUCUGAUGCCACAAGCCUCAGGAAGUCAAAAUCUAGUGAUUUCCUUGGGCUACUCGGAUCUGCUUCACCUACUCGGUUUAGGAGUGAGGCAACCUCGGUUGGUGAUCUAUAAAUAUGACCACAACCUUGUCUGCCCUCUUCGUGCUCUACCCAAGUUGUUAUUUUGCAAGUAUUUCAGCAGAAGCAGUUCGUCUUCCAACAGAGAUUGUACUCCCAUGGAUGCCCCUAGUAUAGCCAUGGUAACGAACUUCGGGGCACUACCAGUUUUAUCUAAGCUGCUAGGUCUCUCUCCACCCAGUUUACUGAAGAAGACACUACUGAUAGAUACUACUGUGGGCACACUUCCUGAACUACCAGAAGACAUCUUGAUGCAUGUCUUUGCCACUCUUGAGAUCCCUGACCUUGUGCGUGCUGGCUCUGUCUGCACCUUAUGGCACUCUGCCUACACCACACUGCGCAACCUCGGGAAGUACAAGCAGACCCAGACGCCUUGCCUGCUCUACACCUCUGAAUCUGCCGGUGAGAAUGUUGCAUGCCUCUACAGCCUAGUGGAGAAGAGGGUUUACAGGUUAACCCUUCCGGAGCCACCUCUCAGCAGUAGGUUUUUGAUUGGGUCCUCACUCGGCUUCCUGGUAACCGUCGAUGAUAGAUCUGAAAUGCACCUCGUCAAUCCUAUCACUGGUCAACAGAUUGCUCUCCCUUCGGUGACCACCAUGGAGUACGUGAAGCCCAUCUUUGAUGACUUGGGUGCUGUCCAGAAGUAUGAAUACCCAAGUCACUCUGCAAGACGAGCUUUCUUCACGCCAUCGAUCCCCGCUGGUUGUGAGCUGCGGGAACAGCUCCAGAUCAAGGCGUUUGUGUUUCAUGAUACAUCCACAGGAAGCUACAUCGUUGCGCUAAUCCACGAGCCAUACAAUCACCUCUCGUUUGCAAGAGUAGGGGAUGAUAAGUGGACCUUGCUGCCACCACACCAUCACUAUCAGGACUGCACCUACAAGGAUGGGUUGUUGUACGCAGUGGAUAUAAAGGGAGAAAUCCAUGCCUUCGAUCUUAGUGGUCCUGCUGUUACAAUGAAAAUUAUUAGAGGAGUCGACGAGGAUUUUUAUCCCGAUGCCGUAUACAUUGUUCAGGCCCCAUGGGGUGGUCUGCUGCUUGUUUCAAGGUUUAAAGAGUUUGAGGAUCCUGAUGAAGAUGGUGACCCUGAAAUAUAUGUUCCGCAUACUACGGAAAUCAAAUUACACACAGUUGAUGAUUGCACAGAGAGGCUUGUGGAAAUUGAUUGCUUGCCUGACCAUGUGCUGUUUCUUGGACACAACAAUCCACUUUGUCUGAGUGCCAAAGAUUACCCUGCUCUCAAGGGAAAUCAUGCCUACUUUACUGACGAUGAUGAGUACAAUAAAAACCGUAAGAGUAGUCCUCGUGAUAUUGGAGUAGUUGGCUUGGGCAAUAAUAGCGAGGUGGACCUUGUGUCUCCUCAGCUUUGGUCCAACUGGCCAUCUCCCGUGUGGAUUACACCCAGUCUUACUGCUAUGAAUCGGUCAUCCAAUGACCGUUGGCUCAGUGGACCGAUGCCUGGACUCCGGAAGAUGCAAGAUGACACCUUGAGGGCUCUCUUUGCCGCCCUUGGAUCCCAAUCAGCAUUGGUCCAACUGGCCUGCUCCAGUGUUUGAUAAAGUGGGUUGGCUCAAGAAGGUCUAAUAAGGCGCUCACGUAGGCGCGCUGGAAGGCGAGCUCGUUGCCUUGGCCCUAAGCUGUUGAGGACUGUGGCAGAAUGGCUGGUGAUUGAGGAGAUCAGUUGAUGGCAUCAUGCUGUCAAGUUAUCAUUUUUAUCAAGUAUUUAAGUUUCAUGAACGUGUCUCCUUUAUGAUGUGUGUGACUCUGGAACUUUCUUAUGUCUUAUGUGUGCGGUUGUGUCUUUUAUGACUUGUGAGAGAAGUCGGAGAAACAGGAACUUACUAUGCUCGUUGUGUUGUGGUUUGUCAUUUGUGAACUUGUCAUGAUCACUAAAACGUUGUCAAGCUGCUGUCUUGACCUGCCGUGUUGAUA